AUGUUAUAUGAAUUAGUAGGAAUUGUACGUACUUUGAACCGUACUUCACAAACGACCGAAGCCAAGGAACUUCUUACAACAGUUGGGAAACUGAUUUUGAAUAAUAGAGGUGUAAUAAGAAAGAUUGUACCGUUAGGUCAAAGACAACUACCGAAAAUCAUGAAGAAGGACCAAGAACAACAUAUCAAUGGGUAUCAUUUCCUAAUGUUAUUCGACUCAUCUACUGCGGUCCAAUCUGAAAUCCUUAGAACGUUAAAGAAGGAUCCCAGAGUCAUUAGAUCGUCUAUUGUUAAAGUAGAUUUAGAGAAAAGGUUGAAUACUCCUUCUUCGUUGCAUAAAGCAUUAGGUCAAGAUUCUGUAGUUCAAGCAAAACACUAA